GUUCCAACUUCCAAAGACUGUGAGGUUACAAGGAUCCCAUGGAGUUUGACUAGCUUUUCCACACACUCCGUCUCAAUGCGAUUUCUCGUCGAGCAUUUUCCGGCACUAACUUCCGAUCGGAGCAGCUGAAAUCCGAUAUAAAUGGCGACUUGUGCGGCUAAAGGAGGCUGUCCGAGCGAUUAUGUGGCCUUCUCCAUCUCCGUCGUUUGUUUUAUCCUACUUCUUGCAAAGGUUGUUGCGCCCUAUCGAGCUCAUAAAAUUGCACGACCUAAAGGGAGAAACCUUUGGCUCAUAACAAUACAAGUUUUUGCCAGCUUUAACCUCUUAUUGUCAACUGUGAUGGCCCUUGGUUUUUUUAGAAUCAGAAGGCGCAAUUGGUGGAAUUCAUGCUAUAUAUGGGCUGUUUGGGUUGAAGGUCCACUAGGAUUUGGCUUGCUGCUGAGCUGUCGUAUUCUACAAGCUUUUCAACUAUAUAACAUAUUUGUUAAGAGGCGUUUACCACCCAUUAGAUCAUGUUUGUUUAUUCCACUGGCGCUGUUGCCCUGGAUUGCAAUUAUAUACACUGAAAAGCCUCUGAGCAACCGUUGCCACAUGGGGAUUCAGUACAUUAUCCCAGUUAUGUUUCUUCAUGCAUCAUAUGUUGCUGUUGUGGUUGGUCUUACGGGAGCCAUUCGACAUAUUGAGUUUAGAUUCCAAGAACUGAAGGACCUCUGGCGAGGGAUUUUGGUAUCCACAUGUUGCAUCGGGUUAUGGGUGGUUUCUUAUGUCUUGAAUGAGACACAUGAGAGUAACACGUUGCUUCAAAUCAUUUCAAGAUCUGUAUUACUUCUUAUGACAAGUGUCCUUGUGCUGGCAUUUUUUACUACAUCAAUAUCACAACCUCUCGUUUCACUUAUGAGCAUGAGGGAAAAGGACCGCCCAGUGAGCGGUAUGAUGGGCUGGGCUCUGGGUAUACCAGAUAGCGGGCUUCUAGUGGACCGGGAGCUGACCCAUUUGGUAAAUCCCAGUGUGCCUUUGGAUAAGCUUCUUAUGAACAGAAGAUUCCGUCGCUCAUAUAUGGACUUUGCCGAUAGCUGCAUGGCUGGGGAGAGUGUCCAUUUCUAUGAGGAGGUUCAACAGUUUGACAAAAUUCCAAUUAUCGAUCAUGUGAGAAGAAUUUACAUGGCACGGCACAUUAUCGACCAUUAUAUCAUUCCCGGUGCAGCAAUGGAGGUGAACAUUUCUCAUCGUUGUAGACAAGAGAUUCUAUCCACUCCAGAUUUGGCACACCCCAAUCUCUUUAAAAAUGCAUUAAAUGAGUUGAUACAGUUGAUGAAAAUGGUUAGUAUGUUUAAUUGCGAUUUUGCAUAUGCAUGUUUCAUUGGUAUUGUAUAUGCUAGGUUAAAUUGCAAA